CUGCCUCCACUGAUUCGAAGUGGCUUUGGAGACUGAAAAAUCCGGGUGCCUCCAGGAUAGGGUACAAACGGGCUGAGCAUCUCCAGUUCUCCUCCUCCUCAGCUGUCAAACUGCGGUUUCCCAGAGCCAUAUAAAUGAACGCAUCACACAAAGCCCCGCUGGAAAGGGGCUGGAUCUGUUUAACCAAUGGCGUAGGAUCAGGAAGAGAAAUCAUUCUCCUUCCCGUUCCUUCAAAAGUGAAAGGAACUCGGAGAGUGAGACUGCAAAGGUCGCUUGUCAUGGCAGACCAUGCAGAAAGGGUCAAGGCUGAAGCCUGCUGCUCCAUCUGCCUGGAAAUUUCCCAGGACCUCGUGUCCUUCUACUGCGGGCACAGCUUUUGCCAGGGGUGCAUCCCUCAGAGCAGGGAAGGGCUGAACCCCAACUUCUCCUGCCCCCAGUGUAGGGAGAAGAUGUCCCAGAAGAGACUCUGCCCCAACAACAGGUUGGCCAACAUCGCUGAAGCCAAGGACCUGAACCCGCAGCUGGUCAGAGAGGUGGAAAGAAAGGGGAACUUGUGCGAGAAACACCAGGAAGCCCUGAAGCUCUUCUGUGAAGAGGAGAAAACGCUCAUCUGCCUGGUGUGCGACAGGUCCAAGGUGCACCGUAACCACUCCGUGGUUCCCAUGGACGAGGCUGCCCGGGAGUACAAGAAAGAAAUUCAGAGCCAACUGUAUCUCCUGAAAUCAAAGCAAGAGCUGAUUCAGUCUUCCGUGGAGAACAGGCUAGACAGAAUGAAGGACUACACUAAGGGGACGGAAGCUGCAAAGCAGGAGGUUGUGAUGGAAUAUAAGAAGUUGCACGAGUUCUUGGAGAAGCAGGAGUCCUUUUUUGUGGCCCAGCUGGAGCAGGUGCACACAGAGAUCAUGAACGUGCAUGAGGAAAUCCUCAACGGGCUUUUGGAGAAGACGAGGAGCCUAGGCAUGCUGAUUGCGGAGAUGGAGAGGAUGUGCCAGCAGCCAGACUGCGAACUCCUGAAGGACAUCAAAACCACCUUGAGCAGGUGCGAGAGCGAAACGUCCUCACAGGAACUCGAUGUUUCCCCCGAGCUGGAAGAGAAACCCAGUGAUUUCACAGAGAAAACCGCGGCCAUCAAGGAGGCUAUGGAGAAAUUUCAAGACAUACUGGAUUUUGAACUUCCAUUCGCAGCACAGGUGACGUUGGACCCAAAGACGGCCAACGCCAGGCUUUACCUCCUGGAGGACUGCAGGGGCAUGUGGUGGGGAAGCUGCAAUCAGGACCUGCCCUCCAACCCGGAAAGGUUCAAAGUCGAUCCCUGUGUGAUGGGCUCGAGGGGCUUCAGGUCGGGCUGGCACCGCUGGGACGUGGAGAUCUACGGCACGGGCAUGUGGGCCGUCGGGGUGGCCAAGGAGUCGGUGCCAAGGGAGCGUUGGUUGCCCUUGGAGCCCAAAGCGGGGGUAUGGGCUCUGUGUCAUAACCAAGAUGGGUACAAGGCUCUGACCUCUCCUGAUGUCACCCCCUUGACUCCACGCGACGUCCUCCAGCGGAUACGGAUCUGCUUGGACUGUCAGGAAGGGAGGGUGAUGUUUUUUGAUGCCGGAGGUGGGUUGGGAAGACCCAUGGCGACGUGGAGCCCCACGGAAAGCUUGCGGAGCGAAACCUCCUGCUCCAUCUGCCUGGGUUAUUUCCAAGACCCCGUCUCCAUCCACUGCGGCCACAACUUCUGCCGGGCGUGCAUCACCCGCUGCUGGGAAGGGCUGGAGGCACAUUUCUCCUGCCCCCAGUGCCGGCAAACGGCUUUGCAGAAGAGUCUCCGUCCCAGCAGAGAGCUGGCAAAAAUUGCCGAAAUCGCCAGGCAGCUCAGCCCGGGAGGAAGAGGAGGAGGAGGAGGAGGAGGGGAGAACGUGUGUAGGCAGCACCAGGAGGUUCUGAAGCUCUUCUGCAAGGAGGACCAGCAGCCCAUCUGCGUGGUCUGCGACAGGUCCCAGGCUCACCGCUUCCACGCCGUGGUCCCCGUCGAAGAAGCUGCCCAGGAAUACAAGGAAGAAAUCCAGGCUCGCCUACAGGCUUUGAAGGAGGAGAGAGAAAAAUUCCUGGAGAGCAGAAAAACGAGAGUAAGGAAGAGCUCGUACCUGGAGAAAACCAAAGACGAAGGGAAGAAGAUAGUGUGCGAAUUCGAGGAACUGCAUCGAUUUUUGAAGGACCAAGAGCGCCUCCUCCUGACCCAGCUGGCAGACCUGGACAGGGCCAUCACCAGGGUCCAGGAGGAAGCGGUGGCAAAGGUCUCCGAGGAGAUGUCCCACCUCGACACCCUGAUCUGGGAGAUGGAGGGGAAGUUCCAGCAGCCGGCCGGCCGGUUCCUGCAGGACAUCAGAAGACUCUUGAAUAGUUGUGAGAUGAUGAAGUUCGACCCUCCGGCGGAGAUUUCCUCCGAUCUGGAAAGGAGACUCGAGGACUUUGUUCAGAGGAACGUCCUCGUGAGAGGCACGCUGAGGAAAUGCCAAGACAGCCUGAUGUUUAAAUUGCAAGAGCCAACCAACGUGACCCUGGACCCGUCUACGGCUCACCCCAACCUUCACCUCUCCGAGGACCGAAAACAAGCCAGGGGCCAGCUGAGACAGAAGGACCUCCCGGACAACCCGGAGAGAUUCAACUUUGAACCCUGCGUGCUGGGCUGCGAGGGCUUCACCUCGGGGAGGCAUUUCUGGGAGGUGGAGGUGGGGCAGGGGGGCGUCUGGGCCCUGGGGGUGGCCCGAGCCUCGGUCAAGAGGAAGGGACCCAUGAGCUUCACCCCCAAGGAGGGGGUCUGGGCGCUGGAGGCUUAUCACUCCCUCACAUCGCCCCGCGCCAACCUGCGCCUGAACCCGCUUCCCAGGAGGAUACGGGUCUCCUUGGAUUACGAAGCGGGGCGGGUGGCAUUUUUCAGCGCAGACGAUGACGUCCCCAUCUUGGUUUAUACCAGAGCCUCGUUCAACGGGGAGAGGGUCUUCCCUUGGUUCAAGAUGGGGAUGGGGGCUCGUUUGCAAGAAAUCACCCAAAGCCCACCCUCAGAGGACCAGUCCAUGACCGGGCAGCUGAUGUCCCCCCUGGACUGGGUAGGGUUCAGGUUUCCCCUGCGGAUCUGUCCUUGAGAUGUCUGUCAGUCAGACCUCAAUGAAAGGGACAUCUCCUGUGUGACGCCAGCCGUUUGCCGUGGUUGCUCAAAGCGUCGUGCCGACGGAACUUGCUGCUCCUCUCCCGCGUCCGCCUCCAUUGGGAGCUUCGGGAUGGCACCCGUACGGCAAGGAUGGGGAGAUGGGCCACCAGCAGACAGCAGCGAAGAGGAAGGAUCAGCCAGUACGAGGUGGUGGAGCCAGCACAUCAGAAGGAGGGGAACACUGGGGGUCGGUCAAGGAUGGAGAGCGCUCAAGACUUUCAAACGUGUGGUCUUUCUCAAUUUAUUUUGCCUUUAGCGGACUGAAUCCUCCUGUUCAUCUCUGCUUCUGAGGUGUUUUCCUUCUGACACCAAUUGCAAGGCAGAUCCAGAGUCAGUUCUACCAAGGGAGGUGGCCUUUCACUACAAGCUGGCUUGGUUUGAGGAGCUGGUCUCUCUCUCUGUCUACAUUUCUGAUGUUUAUUUUAAAUAAAAGAGCGUUUUGUUUUGCACCCUCCACUUUCUG